CUUUUUAAACUACUUUUUUAAGUUUCAAAACGUUUCGUUUCCACGUAUUUGUUUCGGAUUCUAUGCUAGCUAGGUUAAAACAAAUGAUUUUUAAGUUUAAGCAUAUAGACUUCCUAUAAAUACCGAUACAAUGUGUCUGAUCUCUAUAACUCAACUCACCAAACAAUAAAAAAAAUAUGUCAUCAUUCCCAUUGGCCUCCUUUCUCAUCGCUCUCCUGUUGGCUGCAGCUGUCUGCACCCACGGACAAGUACCGGUGACGGACACGGACGGAAAAAACGUUCGUAUCAAUGAACGAUACGUCAUCCAACCGGUCAAUACCGGGAUUAACGGAGGUGGUCUUAUCCCAGUUGCAGCUAUACUCCCCUCUUGUCCACUUGGCAUCACCGAAGCACUUCCGGGGGAAUCGGGCGUGCUGGUUAGGAUCGCAUUUCCACCGAGGUUGAUCCCUCCCCUGCUGCCACGCACCAUUGUCCCUACAAAUUCCGACAUAACCAUCGAGUUCAAGUCCAACAUCUGCAAUGGCAUCUCCAAGUUCUGGGAAGUCGAUGAAUUCGCACAGAAUCCCGACCAGGCUGAGAUUCUCAUCGGUGGUAACCGGAGGAGAGGAAAUAGCUGGUUUAAGAUAGAGAGAGCCGGAAAAGAAGCAGAAACAAACAUUUACAAAUUUACCACUUCUGCCGGAACCGUUGGAACCAUCUCAGGGGCCUUGGAUAGUCCACAACUAGUUCUCACCAAUGAUGUGGCUAACACCAUAUUCGUCAAAUUCAUCAGAGAUGUUACUACCGUUGUUACUUCUGCUUCUCGUGUUGAAAAGUAAUGACUAAGGAUGGUCCCAUUUUGUUAAUGUAAAAGCCAAAGACUCGGUCAAUGGCCAAAUAUAAGGGGUUGAGAUUAAUACUGCACGUACGCUUUGGCUCGUAAACUUUUAUGUAAUGUCAGAAUAAAUUAUGUUUUCAAACAUGAAAUUCAAUAUUUAAUCAUAUAUCUGUUCUGUUAAAGUGAACUCCAAAUUUAUUUCUUUUCAAA